UACAGAAAUGCCAUUUACAGACUUGAAUAUGGAGUACUUGAAAUGAGGUUUACAUAUAUAUCACAGGUGAUACUGUUGGUUUUCUGCAAUUAAAGAAGUUAUAUGAUCGCUGAUAAUAUAGUGCGCAGUAUAAAUCAUUUAUGUUUCGAACGCUAUUUAGAUCCUCAAUCCCCACAUAUAAAAAUGCAGUGUAAAUUAUUCUAAAGAUUAAUCAUUCCGUGACUCUCGACCAUCCCUAGUGACAGGAAACUUUUUGGCGCCGGCGUCGCCAAGUAAACAGCGACAGCGACAGCGACAGCAACUGUGACAGCAACCGCGGCUGCAGUGAGACAACAACUGGCAGUUUAGGCAGGUACACGGCAGCGACAGCGAGGACAAAAUCGAGCAUUUCUUAGGACCUUUAUUUAAUUACUAAGUAGGUAAGGAUUUUAGUUCAUGCAGAAGGAAUGCAAAGCGGUAUGCUAUGAGAGAGCCAGCGCGAUCCAUUUGGGAGUCGGCCAGUCGACCACUGUUUGUGCGUUCCGUUUGGCUAGAGAGGAUCGGAGAGAAGGGGCGCAGCCACCGACGCCAUUUUAUACUCGACUAUGAGCCGCGCGAGCGACAACGACAAAAUCCAAAACGAAGUGGCUUCAGUUAUGAAAGUGACUUAAGCGAUUUUCACGGAAAGCCAGCGGCACAAGAAGAUGGUGCUGAUUAUGCCAUGGAUGAAUACCUCCUACUAGACGCCACUAAACUUACGUUGCAGCACCAGCAGCAAGCAGGUCAAGCGCCAGUCGCAAUGACUAACAAAGUUCAGGCUGCAUUCAGUGCGCUGCACAGCAGACGUCAUGCCAAGCGACGUGCCUGGCUGCUAAGCAACGGCAAGGGCUAUCAGCUUAACCAUCUGACAGAUCAUAAUACGAAUUUGCAUUCACGCCAUAGCUCACUUCAGGAUUCGUUGCAUGCAAUUACUCAUCCUGCCAAUCCAGAGGAUCGUCUAGCGGAACGUGUUAUCAAUUGGCUGGAUCUGGCAGGUAGAACAGAUAUUGUAAAGAGUUCGACGCCAUUGCCCGGCAGUAGCAUCAGCAACAGUGCGGUGCUUCCAAGCAGUCAACGGAUUAAUCGGCAAAGCCAUCGAGCAAUGGGUCUGAAACGCAAUGUUGCACAGCGGGAAAGUCAUAGGAAACCUUCGGCAACAAAGCACGCACUGAUUAAUUACUGUCCCAGCUCUUCUAAUGCCAAGCCCAUUACCAUCGUUUUUAACAAAGAGGGCGUGCCCGUACGCUUUAAUCGUCCGCCGCGCAACAUUGAUCUCUGUGCGCUAAGCAAAAGCGCCAGCACGACGCGUCGCAUGGCCGGCCAAUUGUCAGCGGCGAGAUUAUAUAACGGUGCUGGUCUAGCACCUGCCAUGGAGGACACGCGUACGCCCCCCCACAGCAGUCGGGGCUUGAACGCCAGUCAACACGACAGUCGUAAGCAGUUGCACAUCUUCAUGCCAAGUUUGCCAAAGAAGGGUUUGCUCCUGGCCGCACCGGCAAGUAAUGAGGAUACACUUAGCGCAAGCUUAAGUGAAUUAUAUUGUUAA